AUGCGCGGUUUUCUAGUCAUGAAAACCAUUGUUUCGAUCAUACUGAUCAGCUGCGGAUGGUCUUCGUCGGCGGAGAUGUGCCGCGACUCCUUCUCGGCCCGCGCAACGGCCGAUGUCGUCAGAAGCGUCGUCGGUGCCGUGGCCGACGAAUCACGGGCGGAGGACGUCUUCGGAGAAGUUUGGCUCAACCUCAUCAUUCCUUCUAACAUCUCGGUCAAGGUGAGAAAUUAAAAAUAAAAAUUCUUUCUGUGGUCAAAACUGAAAAAAAAAGUUUCUGAUUGAAAGCUUUCUUCCACUAUUUAGACCAAUUAUUUUUCUUCUGGUUUUGAAAGAUCGAAAAUCAUCCUAACCAGGUCAAAAACGCCGAAUACUUUUUCAACGACGACCGCUUCUCUGCAAAAGACUCUUUUUCCUUCGAGGUGACUCAAUUUUUCGCGUUCCCGGUAGUCGUCGUGGAUCCACAAGAAGUUCCGGGUAAGUCCUGAAUUUUUCUUUUUUAGGGCUAUGAAGUUAUUUUAAGAAUGGAGAGCAGACUUGCCUGGAGACAGCGGGAAAUUGCUGAAGAAAAUCAGUCGGAAGUGUUCGAGAGGAGAAUAUUUAUGUGGGCUGGAAUGCUGCCCGAAUCUCGUCCAAGCCGUUCAAAACGUUUGAUAUUUUGUUCAGAACCCUUCAAGCCACCUUCGGUUUCCAGGACUUUAGUAUGAAAGCAGGUGGCUCGACAAUCAAUAGGACAACCGUGGUGAAGCGUGGAAACAUUGUUUACAAGCUUCAAUACAAACCGAACAAGGAGAACGUGACAUCUUGCGUCUAUCAUUUGUCCACGUAUGAUUCUUUGCAGAAAUAUACUGACCAAAAAAACGUCAAAGUAAUUGCCCCAACAUUAACGUUCCUCAUCCGAGUUUUUGAGCUGGAGUACAUCUACUACGAUUGCCCCAUUGAGGAGGACUGUUGCACCUUGAGCUGCAGAAGCUCUUCUCGUUCGUUUCUGGCUCUGGCUUCUAUUCUAUCCACUGAGCGUUCGUUUUUCACAAAAAUCUGGAGAAAAAAAAAACAGAAAUGAAAGACUACAGUUCAACAACCCCUUUUAUAGGUCUUGUUGACCGCUAUUUCUGGCCAUUCGUGGCCGUUUCCCUUUUCGUCGCUUUUCUCGUUGUUGUUUUCUGUCAUUGGUCAGUCACUGCGAUUUCUGAGUUAUUUUCGGAAACGAUUUCAGUCGGAACAGAAAAUGUAUGGCGAAACAAAUGAGGGUAAGCGCGACGGCGAGAAGUUCCAGCGAUCGACCGCUUCUGGAGACGCCGACGUCGGAUAUCGGCUGCGACUUCUCCACCUUGCCCAAGAGCAUUCCUAGGGCCUAG